AUGUGUAUCAUGUUCUUCAUAUCCCACUACGACGGCCCACGGGAGCACUUCCUUUUCCAGUACCACUGCGCACAUACCGACUGUCCCGGAACCUUUGAGGCACAUCAAAAGUAUCUACUUGAAGAGAGCCGCUUGGACUGCUCAGAGUGUUUGACCAAAGAUGGCGAUCAGGUGGAUCUAGAUAUAGUUCCGGUACAGUACUAUCCUGCCACUCCCCACUUUGAGAUUGAGUACGUGGAGGGGAAGGGUUGGGUCAAAGUCUGUGAGCAAGAUGGCGCGAAGGGUGCAGGGAGGAAUAAAGUGCAGGAGGAUGAGGACGACGAUCAAGGUGACGGCCGCUACGCCCAUAGCUUCGCAAGUCUCUCGGACUGCAACAGCGUCACUUCACACUGGCGUCUGGACCCAACCUUCGCACCGCCUAUCCGCCCAUUCGCUGCAACCACCAAGGGCAAGUCGCCCGCUCCACCCUACCAGGGGCUAUCAACAAUGGAAGAGGCGUAUGAGACGCGCUCUCCACAUGAGCCGCCACACGAGAUGACCAAGGUACAACCAAGCCAGACGAUCCUCCAAGAAUCGCCAUUUGGCGACUCUCCCAACACUAUCGAGCACCGAAAUCUUGUCAAUCGACAGCUCGCGACACUCGAACACCGGAUGACCCACCGUCAGCCUCAGCGCGAUCUCAGUCAGCACACGUUCAACGUCCCGCGCCCACAGUACCCGGAUCACUUUCGUCAAGCUUUCAGGCAUGAACUUGUUGUGAGCAACCCGCCGGAUCAUGCUGCUCCGCCUCCCGUUACUCCACGACCACCUCCAGGAGUACUACCAGGAGGACCAGAUUACGAGAAUGGAUUACAUUACAUGGUUUCCACAUCAACCACGAACGGGGUAUCGGAUUCUCGAUGGGACCCAUUUCCAGGACCUGGUGAGAGGAUGGAUUUUUCUCUUUUCUAG